CAUCCUCGAAACGCGGUUUGUGUACGGUCGAGCAACGCGUAGGUCAUCAUGGUCUACAACUGGGAACCGCACAAAGAUGCAUUGUACAAACUCUACAUCGAAGAGCGCAAGUCGCUCGAGGAAAUCAUGCAGUACAUGCGUGACACCACGAACUUCGCUCCUUCGAAGCGUGCCUUCCAAACUCAGUUCAAGCGUUGGGGAUUUCCCUCGAAGCGAAAGCCUGCUCACCGUGAUGAAGACUUGGUGGAACGCGUGAGGCAAUUAUGGGAAGCCAACUACAGCCAAAGAAACAUGCUUGCUGUGCUUCAUGCAGAAGGCCACGAUAUCAAGGAGCGGGAGUUGAUGAGAUUGCGUGCCAAACACCGCUGGUUGAUGCGCAUACCCAACGGUGCUAAGCAGACACCUGCCGAUGAAGAGGAGGCUUCACUCGAGGCACAAUUGAUCCGGGCUGCUCAAGAAGAGGGUGCACUCAUUGAAUCGGCUCCGCCACCUCAACCUGGUACUGCUGACGAACCACCUGAGGAGUUUGUUCAAAAACAAAAGGAGAGACUCGAACAACUCAAGGCGAUCAGUGACGAGAGACGUCAGAAGAAGAAGCGUCGUCGCAGAACCAAAGGGUACGCCGGACUCCCAGCCGACCCUCCCGGCCCACCUCGAUUUCCCUCCGAGACCACGCUCGAGGAAAGCAGAGAGAUACUGUCUCUCAGCACGAAGCAGUAUCGCGCAAUCCGUGAUCAGUUCCAGGCUAUGUGCGAAGCUGAGGGACUUCUUCAGAAGACUGUGGCCGGAGCCGAGAAGUGGCACGCCAUCAAAACUCGACUGAUCAGUGAGAACGAUCUCCUGCAGGCCAGAUUCUAUACUGCUUCUGCGGAUCCUCAAGAAACCCAGACAAAAGAGCUCGCGUUGGAUGUUAUUUGCACAGAUGUGACGAAACGUCUUCGAACCAUGGGCCGUCGCCUGACCAUCCUCGAGUCGAAAAAUGUUCUCGGCCUGAAUCCCGAGCAGAGUCGACAGAUCCGUAGUGGCUUCUACGACAUCCUGUUGGCAGAGCACUACACCAGUAAGAUUGAAAUGGGACCCGACAAAUGGCAGGAACUCAAGGACCGCUGGAUCGCCACUACUCCUUUGUUGCAGCAGAUACUGGCCCCCGGCGAGGAAGAUCCCGAGCACGAGAAGAAGAAGGCUGCUCUAGAGCUGCUGUGCCGCGAUGUGAUGAAACGGGUCCGAGACGAUCGAGCAAAGAAGAACGGCACCUUCAGGCAGAAGCCCGCCCAGUCUUCAACUCGGCCCGAAAUCGAGGAGACCGGUCAGGCUACUACAGACGGCGCCUACGCACCCUUGCAGCCAGUCAAUCCGUACAGUGAAGUCUCAAAUCCAGUACAGAAUACUGAUUUAUCGGAUCUUCAAAUCGACCCCAAUCUGCUGCAAGCCGCCGAUGAUGGAGCUCCACCGAUCUCUGCCAUGACACCUGUUUAUAUCCGUCCACAUCCGAAGUCGACCUUGUACAGCAAUACCAAGAUGUGGCUAGGUUCGUUGUCCGCUCGUACAGUGCAAGAACUCCAGGCGAUCCUCGCGAUUAAAUAUCCGAAUGCCAAACCUGCUCGCAUUGAUGGGAUUGAGAAAGAUGCUGCCGGCAAUGAGAUAUCCUACCUGAUUGAAGAAGACGACGAGCUCGACGCUUAUCUUGAUCAUGUUCAGGGCCGCAAGGCGACAUUUGUUGUCUUACUGCAGAACGCUUGAUCACUCACGUCUUGAAUGGCUUCAUGCUGAAUAGUCCACGGGAGAAUCACUUGACACUGUGGCUUCGAAGGAUGUGGUGUCCAUCGCUAUGGCGUUCUAUGGCUUAUCAAUGGUGAGAGGUGGAUUGGGAGGCGUAAUGGAGAUACCCCUGGAGCUCAUGUGCUCGCUUCUUUUUCGGUCAUUCUGGAGUGGCAAGCGUCGCCGAAGAGCAUGUUUACGAAGCGUGCGAUUAUGAUCAAGCAUCGUUACCGCCCAUGACAAGAUGAAGGCAGCUCUGCUGUGCGUAACUGACAAUGGACAAGUUGUGAAGGCACGGUUGCCGCUCAAUUUCUGUUCAGUCCGAGGGACACCACGAACAAUUAUCCACCACGCUGGCAUUAUCUCACAGCAAUGUACGAAGUAUGGAUAUGGAUUCAUCGUAGCAGGCAAAAAAGCCGUCACGACAGCCUAAUCGCUGUCGAUCUGACUUGCCACCUAAAACUCUCUGGCACACCAGACUUGGCG